GUUUGUGACGGGAGAGUCACUUCACAAAACUUCACAAAAUCUCCGGGGUUAACAAAAGACAGCUUUGACAGACAAAGAAAACAAGUAAACAAGCUCCUAAAGAAGAAAAUUUGCACUGACUUCAUCACAUUCGAUGACAUCAAGUACCCAAAAGAUUUUUUACCAGACCAGGUCCACUUACAGACACCCACAUCAGAUAGAAGAAACACAGGAAUCAUCAAGUAUGGCAACAGGAUCAGAAGAAUUUUAUGCAAACCAACUGCAUAAUAAAAUAACCAAAACAGCCCUUUUCAGGGCUACACAAAUGUCUAGAAAAGUAACCAUUGUUUUGUAUACAUAAAAUAUACGCUCUGUCGAAAAAUAUUGCGUCUUCUCGCCUUGUGUUGUGAUAAUAGCCGGAAUCGCAUGAAAGGAACGUUUAACAACACCCUGGGAAGAACGGUUGUGACAGUCGUACACGACACAAACGUUUACCAUAGCUGAAAUAGCUUGUUUAGUUUGUCCAAAUAAUGCUACCACGAUGAAUAUUUAUAGAAAUAACUUUGACCUACAAGAUGGCGGACGGAAGCAUUAUGGGUAGAGUUGUGACGUCACGAGACUAGGAGUUUUUUAACAGACUGAUGUGGAAGCUGCUGACGUAACAAAACGAAGCAUGAAAUGAAAGCUGAAGGGAUGUCCCAGAGGAGCAACCACCAUAAUUAAUUAAAGGGACAAACACUUCUGUCUACAUCAGUUCCUUCGUUGGUGUUAUUGCUGUCCAGGUCAUUGAGGACAUAUUUUUCUCAGUAUGCCAGAACAAACAGCAGACCAGUUCGUAUCUGGUGGUUUCUAUUUAACAGGUGUUGAUAUUCACUGCUCUAAAUGUAAAAAAAAGCUGGAAGCUGGGCAGUCAGACAACAAUUUCACAGUGACAAGGAAGAGAGAUCAAAUUGAUCAAAGACAACCUACACAACCUGAUCCACAUGUAGAGAGACGUAUGCUGCUGCAGUCCAUCCAGUGUUUCAUACAUUUGUGUAUAUGUUGUCAGUCUAGACCUGAUCCACAUGUAGAGAGAUAUAUGCAGCUGCAGACCAUCCACCAUGGAAAUCACAGCUCAACUAAACCAAAGGCACAAAGGAAACAUAGAUUAAAGAAAAAAAAUAUUACAGAUGGAUGGCUCAAUAAAAUUUUACUGGUGAUGCUCAACAUAUUUGUGAUAUUACCCACCUGUUUCACAGCCAGUUUGACAGGAUGCCUGUCUCCACACUACAUCAUACAUGAAAAUGGAUUGUGUUGUGGUGUGACAUCAUGUGAAAUUGAUUUUGAAGUGUUGGUUUGUGAACAAAAUUAUGGCAAUGAUACUUGUUCUCGUUGUAAAGAAGGGAGUUUCCUUCUAGAUGCAACAACUUCAGAGACGGUCACACCCUGUGUCAGCCCUUUGUGUGUAAAAAAUGUUACCAUAGUAUCGAAGGUGAAGUCAACAACUAUAAAUCCACGUGCUUGCCCGCAAUGGUGCAAGUGUGACCUCAAAUAUCAAUAUUGUGGUACAGACCCAUGCAAUUGUGAGAAGAAGACCUGUUCCUAUGGGUCAAUUCUACAGCAGGACUGUGGAUGUAGACCAAUCACACCCAGUCCACCAAAAACUACUCCAAAAGAUAUUAUUCCAGUGACAACGAGAAAAUCUGUGACCUAUGAGAUUAAUACACCAGUGAAUAGCAGUGCUUUGUCUGGGUAUACCACAACUCCAGUUACUGUAACUUCAGGUGUACUUAUCACCACUGAAAGUCCUGACAAUCAAUCUUCUGGAGUGGUCAUUGCUGUUAUCGUCAUCAUUGUUAUCGUCAUCAUUGUUAUCUUCAGCAUUAUAGGUAUUGUGAUAUUUGUGGUGCGAAGAAAAAAGAAAAAAAUGAAAAAAAAGAACAAAAAAGAAAAUAAACCUGUACCCAAGGGCAGAGCAUCAGAUGCAGCAGAGCGAUAUAGAGUCGAGGGAGGAGUUUAUAUAAAAAAGGCUGGAAAUGUCUCUUUUUCUAAUGGUUCGGCUGUAAGACAGAAAGACUCAAAGAGCAGUUUUGAGGAUGAGAGUAUUAAUGAGGUAACUCCUCUUAUGCAUCAAGGGGCUGACACUACCAGGUGCAACAGUGACAUUGAGGAAGGUACUCCUGUCCGAUCAGGUAAUACGGAUGAGAAUGAGGAUAACUGUACUUCUGGUUCUAAUGUAGAAGAAGACGCUUAUCAUCAGACAAACACUAAAACUGUUUUAACAAAUGAUUCAGCUGAUGCAAAGUCAAAGCAGCAAGCCGGAGUGCAACGCAGGGAUGAAGUGACACCAACCAAAACGUUCAAAGGGUUUUUUUGAAAAUAAUUUGGUCUGAAAGACUCAUAAGGCCUUGUUUAUUUUAGAGGGCUGCCUCCUCGACAUAUACUGACCAAAUGACACCAGUCUUUGGGUACAUAGCUUUAAAUAGUCAGAGAAUAGUAGAGCUGAAAAAGGACACUUCUACUUAACUUCUUCAAUAGAAGGCUCACUACUUAUCUAUCAACCAUUGUACUUAUAUUUAAUUUCUACUAUGGAAACAAUUUGGAUCAUAUAUGUAGGUUUCUUUUCUGUCAGUUUGUCCUUCUGUCAGUCCAUCUGUCUUUCUGUCAGUUCAACCAUUUUUGUUUUGUCUGAUGAGGUGAAAUUUGGUUUGUAACUUUGAUUUAUGCAGAAGCGACAGAUCAAGCUUCAGUGUAUUGUAAUAGUUUAGAAACGUUACAAAAUUUCUUAACCAAUAGACCUUGACGCAACUCUUAAUGUAAUAACGGCGCUAAUGUAAUAAUUGUUACAUUAAGCGUUGCAACCGUUAUGCUUAAUGUAAUAAACUUAUCUUUAUUACAUUAAGAGUUGCAAUUGUUAAGCUUAGAGUAAUACAGAAUAAAUUAUUACACUAAGCGUUGUGAUUGUAUUUAAAUUACCACUAAUCUAACAAUUUUUAUACUGUUACGGAAGUGCACUGCGUGUAGAUUACAAGACAAUGUAGCAAUAAUAUACUAUAAUGGUGUAUGUUUCCGUCAAGGUUUGGAGGGGCCGAGGUGUCGGUGGUCGAACUGUCUAGUUGCGCCCUGUGAUCCUUGUAUCAUAUCACCUCCUAGGUUUUGAGAUCUGUGAGGAGACUAGACUUCCAUGAAUACAAUAUUGCAAUGUUAUGUUAUGCAGUGUUGAUCAUUAAAAAGAUGAUAAGAUUAUGUAAUUUGAUCGCGUGUAAAUUCUUCUUAAUCUAAAAGGUACAGCCAAAACCUGUGACCUUCCAAAAAAAGCGAAUAUUUUUUCAAACACAAUAUGUUGGUUUUAAGAAAUAUUUUGAUGCAUUUUGACUACAAAAGAAGCUAUUUUCGAAAGGCCUUAUUAAUGCAACUAUAUCUUAGCAACAACAUAACAAAGGAGCAACACAAAGCAAUAACCCUUUGAUUCCGUGACCUUGAAAGUUGGACCAAAAAAGGGUGGUGUUGUAUUGUCGACAGCUUAAGUCAUUCGCAGAUAAUAUCAUAGGUACAUGGCAUGCAUGGCAGACACAAAACAUGUACCCAACCCAUUACCCACACCGUUAUACUGAUUCCAGGCCAUUCAGUUCCUUGCAGUAUUAAUGUUUUCAGGGGAAAGCUGCAAGUACCAUUUUAAACGUCUUUGAUAUGACACGGCUGACAGGAUCAUCUAAUGUGUAUGCAUAGAAAAAGUGAGGUAACUGGCAUUUUAGCCACAUGCAAGGUUUGAUGGCAUUCUAAUCAUUAAUCUUAUCACAACUGAAGCUAUCAUCGGAAAACAAUGUAAUAAAAAAAUUAUUUAUUUAUAUUAUAUAUCAUAUUUUACCAAUAUCAUAUGAUCAAUGUUGUUAACCAUGAUUUCUCAGUUCAUGCACUGUCUUCCAUUUUCCAUGUGUAAAUGUUUUUACAUUUUAUAAUUCCUGUAAGUUCAACUUGUGGGAUUAAACUGAAUCUUGUCUGAAAUGAGACUGAGAUGGUCCUUACCAAGGGUGGUUAUUUUCAGGCAGAUCUGAUUCUAAUCUGGCCAUCUAUUCCACCAUCUUGGAAAACAUUUUAAACUUCUUCUUGGUGCUAUCAAGCUAGAAAGUGGUAGGUACAAAAUCAAUCAUGACUUAAUAUCAUUGCCAGGUUUUUAUCUCCUUCCAAUUAUUUGUGUUUCCUUUGAUAGAGAGUUUCCAUUAGUAUCUUGUGUCUGCUUCAUUUUGAUGUGUCUUUAAUGUAUUCUGUUGUGAAAUCUCAUUUACUCUAUUGACUCUAUUGAUACCGAAAAUGUAUGUAAUUAAAAUGCUUUAUAUGACCAAUUUUUAUAUUUUCAUA